UCAGUUGCCUCUCUCACACCCCCAACCGGGGACCUAGCCUGCAGCCCCGCCAUGCGCCCCAACCGGGAAUCCAGCUGAUAAACUUUCAGUUCAACGGACGAUGCCCAGCCCAGUGAGCGACACGUGUCAGGGCAAGAUUGCUGAUUUUGGGAUUCCAAUGUAGAACUAGUGACAAGAAGGUGACUCAGGAGCCUGAAUUUCUGAUGGAAAUCCACACACGACAAUGUCAGAAACACUCACAGUGAUGGAGCCCCCCACCCCUGAGUCUGAGUCUGUGGGGGUCUCUGAACCUGGAAUAGGGGGGCUGUUGGGAAACCUGGAAGGGCAGAGCCUUCAGAGCUCCUUGUCUCAAGAGAGAAGUUUCAAGCAGGUGACAGUUACGCACUGGAAGAUCCAGACAGGAGAGGCAGCCCAGGUGGGCAGUGAAUCAGGAGGAGGUCCCGCUCUGGGCUCCAACCUCCUCAUACUUCAGAGAGAGCUUAUAGGAGGGGAAGCCCACCCAUGCGAGACCUGCGGCAAAAGCUUCCCAUUUACUUCGGACCUAAUUAGACAUCAGAUUUCUCAUACUGGGGAGAAACCUCACAAAUGCGACCAGAGCGGGAAAAGCUUCAGCCAGAGCUCCCACCUUGCCGAACACCAGAAUGUCCACACCGGAGAAAGACUCUAUGUGUGUAAUGCUUGUGGGAAAGACUUCACUCACUAUGCGGACCUCAUUGAGCAUCAGCGAGCACACGCAGGAGAAAAGCCGUUCAAGUGCGCUCAGUGUGGGAAAGGCUUCUGUCACAGCUCGGACCUGAUUCGACACCAGCGCGUUCACACCCGGGAGAGGCCUUUUGAAUGCAAAGAAUGCGGGAAGGGCUUCAGUCAGAGUUCCUUACUCAUCCGACAUCAGAGAAUUCACACAGGAGAGAGACCCUACGAAUGUAACGAAUGCGGGAAAUCCUUCAUUAGGAGCUCAAGCCUUAUUCGACAUUAUCAGAUCCACACAGAAGUGAAACAGUACGAAUGUAAGGAAUGCGGAAAGGCCUUCCGUCACCGCUCAGACCUCAUUGAACAUCAGAGAAUUCACACUGGAGAGAGGCCCUUUGAAUGUAACGAGUGUGGGAAAGCCUUCAUUCGGAGCUCCAAGCUCAUCCAGCACCAGAGGAUCCACACUGGAGAGAGGCCUUACGUUUGCAAUGAGUGCGGGAAGCGCUUCAGCCAGACAUCAAACUUUACUCAGCACCAGAGAAUCCACACUGGAGAGAAACUCUACGAAUGCAAUGAGUGUGGGAAAGCCUUCUUCCUGAGUUCAUACCUUAUUCGACACCAGAAAAUUCACACUGGAGAGAGGGUAUACGAAUGUAAGGAGUGUGGGAAAGCUUUUCUCCAGAAAGCUCAUCUCACUGAACAUCAGAAAAUUCACACUGGGGACAGGCCCUUCGAGUGUAAGGACUGUGGGAAGGCCUUCAUCCAGAGCUCCAAGCUGCUUCUCCAUCAGAUCAUCCACACCGGGGAGAAGCCCUACGUGUGCAGCUACUGUGGGAAGGGCUUCAUUCAGAGGUCCAACUUCCUUCAACACCAGAAAAUUCACACUGAAGAGAAACUCUAUGAAUGUAGUGAGUAUGGGAAAGAUUUCAAUUCUACCCCAAACUUUAAAAAUAAUCAAGGGGUUCACCAAGAGGGACUUCCCUUGAGUAAGGCCCCCAUACAUUUGAGUGAGAAAUCUGUCAGUCCGGGGGAGCAUACAGGCAGCUCAUGAAGUUAACUAUCCUCCAACUCAGUGAGUGAUGUUUGGACGGGGGGCCAUGAGUCCUCAUUCAGUGUCUUUGGACGUGUUGGCGCGUCCCAAAGGCACAGGUGGGGCAGCUUUACGCGUGGGCUGCCAUCUGCUGUUUGCAGCAGUGCAGGACUGCUGUCCUCAGCUAGGAAUGCGUGUCCCUGGGAGGGCAGCAAGACUGGACAGCUGACUCUGAGCUGGAGCAGUUUGGGGCCUGAAGCUAGGUCUGGAAAAAGAGUUCUGUACUUGAUUGAACAAUUACAGUUCAUCCCCGAGUUAAAUCCCUUUAAAGGAUACAUUUGUCUAAUCUUAUUCCUUUAAAGAGUAUGAUGUAGCAAAUGUUGAUCUAUCAAAAAGGCAAGUUGGAGAACUCUUUAUUUAAAACCAGUUUGGUUCCCUGGGGUCCUUAGGAUACAUUCUAAGCUCCCUCACUUGCAUCCAUCCUACGGGUUUGCACCCCGGGGCCUUGUCUCCCACCACUUAAUCCCUGCCCCGGAGUCGGUGUUACAGGAGCGCUGACUGACGCUCCCCGUGGCCUGGCUGCCCCUGCCUCCUGGCCUCUGCCUGUCUGAAUGCGCUCCUCUCCUCACCUGGUUAACUCCUCAUGGUGAGCCAGGACUGACUUUGGUGUUUUCUCUCUCUCUCUUUCAUUAUUACACUGCUGAUGGGAGGACAGCUGUCACAUCUCAUUGAUUUAUUUUUCCCUGGCAUCUAGCAGAGACUAAUAGAAACCAAACCCCAAAUCCAUGUAAAUGGUGACUCUCCAGCUUUGUCCCUUCUGUACUGCUAUUUCCAAACCUUUGGAUUUUGUCGUUGUGUUGUAUCUACUGGUCUUCUGGAAAUAUAUUUGUUAUUUGCCUGGUUGGUGUCUCCUGCUCUUCCUGAAGCCAGAAGUCGCAAGCAAGGGCCAGUGUGAGCCCAGUGUCCUUGUUGCUGCAGCUAGAGCUCAGCCAUGACCUUGGGAAGCCUGGCCUUCACUAGCGGUCAGUGCAUCUUUCUGGCGCGUUCCAGUGCACCACGUAACUUCUGUCUCAGCAGUUCCAGGAUUAACUCACCUCUUCUUGUCACUUUGUCCUGCUCUUGGGCUCAUUGUGUCAUUUACUUGGAAAUGUAUUGACCCGUAAGGACCAGCGCGAAGUCCUGGGAAAACUGAUGAGGACACCGACCAAACUGAGGCCAUUCCAAGUCUGGUAGGUGUAACCAGUCACAGCACACCACGCAAGUGCAGAAGGAGACACCUGUUCCCACCUGUGCGGGCGCUUAGGCAAGGUGGUGACUAGUGUAGCAGGGAAGAUCUGGGGCAGCUUCUCCGAAGAGGUGGCAUUUGAACUGAUCUACAGAGAUAAGUAGACAUCUGUCUGUCAGGGAAGAAGGAACAAAAGAGGAAACGAGCAGAAAUGGGCUGUUGCAGAUUCCACCUUUGGUCGAGCUGUUCAAAAGCAGGCAAGUUUUUUUGCACAGUGGAUAACUGUCUUAAGCGAGACCAUUUCCUUUUCCAAACAUUAACCAAAAUAACCAGUUUUGAAAUUGUAUAAAACAACUUUUUGUUUUUGCCCAUAAAAACAUAUUUUGAGUUCCUAGCAAAUCCCAGCAGCCCUAGACGACUUCGGGCAGUCAGUCACGCGCACAGGGCCUCCGGCCUGCUGUCCCGGGGACGCGCCACUGGGGCUGUGGACGCGGGUGUUACCAGAUUGUUCAGUCAGAGUUGCCGAGGUCCAGCUUCCAAACAGUACAACGCCUCUUCUGAGUGGACAGAGUUUUAACAUGCGCCCAAAAGCUCCCUUUUGCCCUUCCUCAGCGAAUCCCACACCAGCCCCAAGUGACCAUCGUCAGUGUAGAUGAGUUUUGCUUGUUCUAGGACUUCCUAAGUGGGUGCGUAUAGUAUGUCAUCUUGUGCGUCUGACUUCUUUCACUCGGGCAUGUUUUAAAGACUCACCCCAGUGCACUUACGUGUUGCAGUAGCUCUUUCUCUUUGCUGAGUAAUAUUGGAUUGUAUGGAUAAACCAUCACUUACUGUUCAUCUGUUGAUAGAAAUUUGUGUGUCCACUUUGGAGUGUUAUGAAUAAAACUGCUAUGAGCAUUUGUGUA